AGCUACCACUUGUCGCAACCACUGGCCCCUCCUCCUACUUCACAGUCCACAGCCCCCCUCCUCUCCUCCCACUCCACUCUCCGCCCCACUCCGCCCUCUGCUCCGCCCCACUCCGCCCUCUGCUCCGCCCCACUCCGCCUUCUAGAACAUCUAGGGAGCAUCCCACUCCGCAUGGUCGCCCCAUAGCACUAGCGCCCCAAUCUCCCCGUGACCACCCCCACCGACGCUCGCACCGGCGACAAUGGCGGUGGGCGGCGGCCUGGCCCUGUACCACGUCCUCGGCGUGGCCACCUGCGUGGCGCUGCUCUACUUCACCUUCGGCGAGGUGGACCUCCGCCACAUCUCGCUCUCGUCCCUGCCCGCCUCCGGCUUCGGCUUCGGCUCCGGCGCCGGGCCCUCCUCCUCCUCCUCCCGCGCGGCCGCCGCCGUGACGGCGCCCUUCGUGGAGCGGCGCGGCGCGCAGCUGUUCCUGGACGGCCAGCCGUUCUACCCGAACGGGUGGAACUCCUACUGGCUCAUGGACCAGGCCGUGGAGCCCCGGAGCCGCGACCGCGUGUCCCGCAUGUUCCGCGCCGCCGCCGAGAUGGGCCUCACCGUGUGCCGCUCCUGGGCCUUCAACGACGGCGCCUACAACGCGCUCCAGGUCUCCCCCGGCCACUUCGACACGCGCGUCUUCAAGGCGCUGGACUGGGUGGUGGUGGAGGCCGGGCGGCACGGGGUGCGGCUGAUCCUGAGCCUGGCGAACAACCUGGAGGCGUACGGCGGGAAGACGCAGUACGUGCGGUGGGCGUGGGAGGAGGGCGUCGGCCUCUCCGCCUCCAACGAUUCCUUCUUCUACGACCCCGCCAUCCGCGACUACUUCAAAGCCUACCUCAAGACGCUGCUGACGAGGAAGAACCACUUGACAGGGGUGGAGUACAGGGACGACCCCACUAUCCUCGCGUGGGAGCUGAUGAACGAGCCCCGCUGCACCACGGACCCAUCCGGCGACACGCUGCAGCGCUGGAUCGAGGAGAUGGCGGCGUACGUCAAGUCCAUCGACAAGAAGCAUCUCCUCACCGUCGGCACCGAAGGGUUCUACGGGCCGACGAGCCCGGAGAGCAAGCGGGACGUCAACCCGGGCGUCUGGAAGGACAACAACUACGGCUCGGACUUCAUCCGCAACGCCAAGAUCCCGGACAUCGACUUCGCUUCCAUCCAUCUCUACCCUGACACCUGGCUGCAGAAGCAGCACGCCACGGUGAACGAGAAGCUCCAGUUCGUGAAGCGGUGGGUGUCCUCCCACAUCGAGGACGGGGACAAGGAGCUGAACAAGCCGGUGCUCACCACCGAGUUCGGGCUGUCGCACCGCGCCCAGGGCUUCGACCCCUCCCACCGCGACGUCUUCUACAAGGCCAUCUACGACAUCGUCUACGCGUCGGCGUCCCGGGGAGGCGCGGGCGCCGCCGCCUUAGUGUGGCAGCUCGCCCCGGAGGGCAUGGAGGAGUUCCACGACGACUACUCGGUCGUGCCCAGCGAGCACCCGUCGCUGCGCAGGCUCAUCAAGAAGCAGUCGUGCAGGCUCGCCAAGCUGAGGCCCGGGGUCGGGGAAGAGGCCAAGCGGGUGCUGGCGGCGUGCGCCGCCGGCUCGUCGUAGGAAGAACGGCCGGUGCGGAGGAGGAGCCGUUUGCUUUACACGUCCUUCGAGCUUUGUUGCGCCCAGGUCGAGCUUUUUGUCGUUUGUUUUGUCCUCCGAAUCGAGCGAGCGGUGAAGUGUGUCAGAGAAAGAUCACCGGAAAAUGAAUAGAAAGCACAAAAAAAAAGGGUGUGUGUUGCCUCGUGAGGCUUUGGCGAUGCUGCUGGUUAGAUUCGUUUAAUUGUCGCCAGCGCCGACACCUGCGGAAUUGCAGAUCGGCAUAGAUAAGCUACAGUUUUCCUUCCUGUGCAACGGGUUAUGGUAGAUGCCCUUGGCCUUUGAUAUAUGUAAAGUCAUCGUCGAGUGGCAUCCAAUGGUAAUAGCCGUCCUAUAUAUAAUGUAUUUCUGGACAUGAGCUUUUUAUAUAUAUAGCUGUGAGCAUAAGAGGACAAGCAUAGAAAUGGAGCA